AUGCCUCACUGGAGAAAGGUAAAGAACGUCACCACUGCGACGAACUUUCUUGAGAAAAAGGCAGACGAGAGACUUAACCCAGUUUACGUAGACGGCCGGGUUGAGGAGCCACCCAACGAACCUCCCACUACCCAACAGCCUAGCCAGACUUCUCAAUAUAAUUACACCCAUCCUGCAGACCCUACCGGUCAGCCGAAUCGAUACGGAGCGCAACUGGAGUCACAUCCUAUCAGCGUUUCGAGCGGUCAAUCCUCCUAUGGUUCUGUCGACCCCAUACCGUCCGUUAAUGGUAACAGUUAUCCCGACCAGCAACCACAACACUACUACAACUAUACCAACCCCUACUAUCCGCAGCAACCACAAUAUCCCAAACAACAGAAUGUGUAUCUAUCUCAACCAUCAUAUCAGGAACCUCCACCCAAUACCCAAUAUUCAAUAGGCUCUCAGCCCUACAACAAUGCAUACCAACAACCAAUCCAGGUCUCUCCCCUUGAGAACCCUAUGAGCUCGCCCAUGAGGGGUAAUAGUGUUGCAUACUCAGAUGCGAGCACGAUAUCUCCCCCUCAUCCUCCAGGGCGUGCUUUGACGUACCCGGCCCCUCAGAAUUCAAACCUUCCGUUUUCCCCGUGCCAGCGAAGUUGGACGGCUCCAGUAGGGCCUGCUAAUGCUCCGACAUGUUUGCAUCAUUCUGGGCAGUUCUUUGACAGGUGA